CUCUGUUUAACAAUCCCGUCGGCGGCUGGAGGAGGAGGAAGAGGUCGUCUCAGCCGGACGAGUCCAGGAAAGUGGAGGAAAACAGCAAUCGAUAGGAGCCACCCAGCGUGCAUCACUCAUCUACUGACCGUCAUGGCGACGAUUGUGAUGGAGAGAAUUGGGCGAGUGUUUAUCAGCCUGCAGCAGAUCCGGGAGGUUCCCCGGAUGCUGACUGAGGCGGCACCCUCCAUGCCCGGGACCGUAAGAGACGCCGAGGUUCCCCACUACUUCAGGGAGCGCUACAUCUGCACCGGCUACCGGCCGCUCCACCACAGCUGGCGUUACUACUUCCUGUCUUUAUUCCAGCGCCACAAUGAGACCAUCAACGUCUGGACUCACCUGCUGGCGUUUUUAGUUUUUCUCGUUAAAUUCCGGCAACUCGCUGAGACUGUGGACUUUGUCAGUGAUCCUCAUUCGUGGCCCCUGCUGGUCCUCAUCCUGUCCUCCUUGGUCUACUCGGCAUUCAGCGUAACAGCUCACCUGCUGGGUGGCAAGUCUGAGCUGUGUCACUAUGCCUUCUUCUUCCUGGACUACAUCGGGGUAGCUCAGUAUCAGUACGGCAGUGCCGUAGUUCACUUCUACUAUGCUGUGGAUGAGAGCAUGUACAGACAAGUGCGUGGGAUCUUCAUGCCCACCGCCACCGUUCUCAGCUGUCUGUCCUGCCUGGGAUGCUGCUAUGGCAAGUACUGCAACCACAGCCUACCGACCUGGGUCCGCAAGAUAGGCCAAGUGUUGCCCUCUGCACUCGCCUAUCUCUGGGACAGCAGUCCUGUGGCUAAAAGACUCAUGUUAUGGUCCACAGCCAGCAAUGACCCAGCCAUUGUCUAUCACUUCGGCCAGGUGGUUUUCUUCCUCAGCUGUGCCUUCUUCUUCACCUACCCCCUGCUGGAGCGCUGCUUCCCCGGCCGGUGCAAUUUCGUGGGACAGAGCCAUCAGAUAUUUCACGUUUUCCUGUCUCUCUGCACCCUGAGUCAGAUCCACGCCUCCCACCUGGACUUCGUGAGCCGCAGGGAGCUGUACUCGCGCCUGCAUGGGAGCGGCGACGCUGCCCUCUUUGUGGGACUGUAUGUGGUCACUUUGGUUGCGUGCACGCUCAUUGUCGCUGUCGUGCUGAGGAAAGUUAAACAAGUGCUUGACUUCAAAUCCAAAUCCAAAUAAUAGAUUAGAUUUAGGAUUCUAUGCAAAUGCAUUCAUGUGCCUUUCCUUCCAGACUUGCUGCUUUGAUAGAAAGGGAACUAACAAUAUUUGCUGCAGGCUUGUGUUUAAAUGGCAGUUGAAAUUUGAACAUUUGAACAGUAAGUUACAGUUUAGAGAAGGGAUACCUAAUGAUAUUAAGAUUUAAUAUUUUGGUACUGAUCUGAGUAUAGUACAAGCAUUUUACAGUGUAUGUGCAUUUACUGGAUCACUGCCGGUACUGAUAAAAAAGAUGACAUGCAAUUGGAUUUGUUGACUUAUCAGAUUGUUGGGAAUUUUGAGAAUUGUUGGGAUUUACUUCUUUAAUCCUACAAUACUGGGAUAAUAUAUGCAAUAGCAUCUAAAAUGUGCAAAUAUUUAUUUUAGAUAUUUUGAAAGUGAGGUUUUGUUAUUCAUACUGUGGGGAUAUUUCACCCAAACUAAUGGAUUUUUACAUUUGUAUCUUCUAAGAAGUGGUUUAAAAACAUGGUUUAAAGGUGAUACACUGCUCAAAGCUUGCGGCGGCAUUUUUCCUCGGCAAAAAUCGACUCAUCAUUGAAGGUCAGACACCUUAAUGAUAAAAGAAUCUACCAUGUUGGCACGCAUGCAGGGCCUUCUUCAUUGAGAGCCUGUUGUUUCCACAUUCCACAUGUUGCCAUCAGAUAACGGCACAGUGUGCAGAUGUGUCAGAAACUAAAGCCUCAGGAUUUAAGGUGGCAUCUUCGUAGGUUUAUAUGUGUAAGAUUUAAAUCUUUGAAGACGCAUUAUGAGAUGUUUUUCAUUGCAAGUCUGAGAUUUAAACCUCUUUGUUGGUGUUGUUUUGCUAGCUUAACUUGGAGUUCAUCACACGUUUAGAUAUAAUUUAACACACUGCCUUUAAACUGUAUUUAAGACAGCUGGAUAUUUUUACGAGGGCUCUUAUACAUAAUCAAGUCUUAAUGAUAUGGAUAUGUCUUAUUUUAGACAUGCAGUGUGUAUGUGUUUCGUAUUAUGUAGUGUAUAUUAGGAUGUCAGCAGUCACUGCAUUGUGUCUUAUUGGAAAUGGGAAAAGUGAGUGUGGGUGUAAAGGGAAAUAAUGUGAUAAUGCAUGGCUGUGGGAAUUAAUGAUGCCUACUACUGACUAAGAUGUAAAAGACAGCGGGACUGAGUUAAAUAAACAUCUCAUGUGACUGAGCGGGACUGGAGGCAGAAAUGAUCUUACCGUUGUCGUUAAAGCACGGUUUCUCUCACAACCUUCUUCCUCAUAUGUGCAACAGUGACUAAUUGUGUGACAUCUCAUCUCCUGACAUGUUGCUGGCCCGUGGCUCAGACGAUCCUGUCGCUGCUCUCGCCAGGAGCAACCACAAAAUGUCACUGUAACACAUCAGGAGAAGAUAUCAAACACGUCUGAAAAUGGGAGUGCGGUGAAUGAGGAGAAUUGGGUAUAUGUGUCAGGAGCGAGUUGACCUUUGCAUACAGUGCAAGGAACAGCAAUCUUCCGAUAUGUUAUCUUCAAUGUUAUCUUUAAAAGACAUGUAGCCUGCCUCUAAGCCAACAGCAAAGCACUAAAAGUUGAACGUCACUUUUAUUGUGUGAUCGAGCGUUAUUCUCUACCUCUGAUGUAAUGUUUGAUAAACUGAAAGUCCAGCCUGGAAUUGAGUUCUACCUUAUUGUCCCUGUUCAUCUACUGUUCCACUGAUUUACUUUUCUUAAUGCACUUUUAUUUUCUUGCUAAUGACAAAUGAAAUGAAUGUCAACCAAUGGUCCUGCCUGCGAUGUCCACCUGAUUUUUAGAUAUACACAUUUUAUGUUCUUCAUUUUUUUUUACUGCCAGCAGCGCAACAGCAGCUCCUGCUUCCCAGACUGGGUGUUUGUGGGUGGGUUCAAGACCGAGAGGUACAGAACGAGAGGACGUGAUAUAUCUUGGAAUGGUUAACGGCAUAAAAAUGUACAUAUGGUAUUUUUGCAGCCACUGUAAUUUCACCAUUAAAAAAAGAAAAACCUUUCAUGUCAUGGAAUUUAGGCUGUUUUUUGAAGGAUUUAUGUGUUAAAGCAGGUUCUGUCAUCAUUUUUACUAAAAACAAAACACUAUCCUGACAAUUUUUCCGCUAGAGCCAAUGGCUGUUUCAUGAUGGAUGUCUCUCAAAGGCUAAUUGGUCUCCACAGUAACCGGCUAAACAGUGUUCCUUCUAGCAGGACCUCAGCUGCUAUUUGCAUGCUGAAGAGAUACACUGGACACUGUGGGUGCUGUGUGUGUGUGUGUGUGUGUGUGUGUGUGUGUGUGCGUGUGCGUGCGUCUGGUGUGUGUGUGU